UCUUGUUUUCAAAUAGAUGGCCACGAUUUCGUAGUCAGUGGGUGCGAGGAUCGAAGUUUCAAAAUCCUGGACAUGAAGACCGAUAUUUCUUUUCUUUCGCAGUUUUUGUAAACGGUUAUAUGAUAAUGGACCGUCAAAUAUCACUGUGCAGGGACUAAUAAGGACAUACAUACAUACAUACAUACAUACAUACAUACAUACAGUUUAUUUUAUCGUGUUUUGAGGUAAAAGUACAAUAACAUGCCCGCGGCGCGGGUAUCUAAGCUAAUCUAGGCGGGUCAUGUUUACAGGAAAUAAAUACAACUAAAUACAGCUAAAAGUAACAAGAGAACUAAAGACAGACUGUGUCGCGCACGGAUAGUCAGUGUGUCGUAAUUGUUGCUGUCGACGAGCACUAACAUUUUAACGAUUUUACUUAUUAAGAUUUUUGUCACAAGGCCGAGAACAGGCUUCUGCAUGAUAGGCUCUUCCAAGACCAGUUAGCGAAUAUCCAUUGACACUGCUGGAAAGAACGCCUUAAACUUAGGAAACUUACCUAAUUUGAAGGUGACACGUUAAUAGCUAGCGACGAUAUUUCUCCACAAAGUCGCGAAAUUUUACAGACGCUUGAAUGGCUGGGGCACGGACCCCCCCCCACCUCACAAUACAAGCGUGUAUAAAAUUAGGUGACUUUGGGGAGAUGUAUUUUCGUUAUGUUUCAACAAAUCAUGUUCAAACUUAGUGUCUUUGCCAAUUUCUUGUGGCGUUUUUUAGCCAUGCCAUGUUGACAGACUUUUGCUAACUGCUCCCACUCAAAAGUUGAAAAAACCGUGAAAGGGUCUUGAUUUGGCAAUGAUAGGUGCUGCAUAGCAAAAUCUCAAAGAUCGUGGAGACAAAAUUGAUACACAACAUUGAAAAGCAUGCAUUUGUUUGAAAUAUACAGGGUUACAGUUAGCGCACAUGACGAGCCCGCAAGGCGUUUCAGCGGCUGUAGCAACGACAAUACCAGGCACCGAUAGGACGUAUGUGGCCCUUGGGGACAAGGGAUCGUUUGUCCGAAUUCUACGAUGGGUGUGA